GAAAACAUCCGUUAAAGCGAUGUGUAACAAUUUUCGCAGUUUAGUCAUGAAUGAUAAAUAAAUUUUUAGGGAGACAGUUUAGCUGACGUUACUGACUUUACUGUGGUCUAUCGCAAUUUUUACUUUAAUUUAGUGUGUGUAAUUAUUAUUAUUAUAAUAACCUUGUCUUUAUCCGCUAAAAUCAAUUCCAUUACUAAAAUUAGAUAUAUCAACUACUACUUUCUUUUUACUUUACUUCCUAGUUUUAAAGUAGUUUUAUUCAUUAUACAUUAUUCAAUAGACUUUUUCAUACAACAAUAACCAUUAUGGGUAGACCAAGAUAUAUAUUAUUAGUCAGACAUGGAGAAUCUGAAGGAAAUUGUGAUAAAUCAGUUAAUAGAUAUACUCCCAAUCAUAAAGUUUGUUUAACAUCUCAAGGUCAUUAUCAAGCUACAGCUGCUGGAGCAGUACUAAAGGAUUUCCUUGAACAAUUAAGUAUUUGUGAAGAAUCACCUAAGAAGAAUGCUAGAUCAGUAAUGUUUUAUACUUCACCUUAUUUAAGAGCUCGACAAACAUGUAAUAAUAUAGUUGAAGGGAUAAAAGAUGUUGAAGGAGUUGAAUAUGAUAUUAAAGAAGAACCAAGAAUGAGAGAACAAGAUUUUGGAAAUUUUCAAAGUACAGCUGAAGAAAUGGAAAAAAUUUGGGAAGAAAGAGCUCAUUAUGGUCAUUUCUUUUAUAGAAUUCCUCAUGGUGAAAGUGCAGCUGAUGUUUAUGAUCGAAUUUCAAGUUUUAAUGAAACUUUAUUUAGACAAUUUCAACAAGAUGAUUUUCCAAAUAUUUUAGUCUUAGUAACUCAUGGAGUUUGGGCUAGAGUAUUUUUAAUGAAAUGGUUUAGAUGGAGUUAUGAAGAAUUUGAAUCAUUAAAGAAUAUACCUCAUUGUCAAUAUUUAAUUAUGAAAAAGGAUGAAGAUUCAAAAUUUAGUUUAAAAACAAGACUUCAUACAUGGGAUGAUGACGAUUUAGCCGAUUCAGAAUUAGAUGAACAAGUUUCAAAAGAAGUAGGAGAUGAAGUAUGUUUUAAUUCUAAAAAUAAAAUAUCAAAUCCUGAAGAUUUAGAUAUUCAAAGUAUUAUAAAAGCUCAAAGAGAAGCUAUAAGAUCAACUAGAGAGAAAAAUAGACAACUUAAAGAUAUGUAUGAAAAGAUUCAUAAUAAUGGGUAUACUGAUUAUGCAUCAAAAAGGAUAUCAAGAUUUAAGAUUGAUAAUCAAAGUGUGGUUAAUAGCGCUGAAGAUCUUUCAGCUGCUUAGAGUUUAAUUUAAUUUAAUUUAAUUUAGUAAAAUUUAUGGUCAUAUUGGUCGUAAAUAGACAAGUAACGGUUAGAAAGUGUUUACCGACAGCAGACCAAACAAUAGAAUAGGCAGACCACACACACCCAUCUUUCACCACCCCACCCCACCUUGCCACAUCUGUUCUCUACUAUUCUCACUAAAUUUUUAGUGACGUAUUUUUAUAUUUCUGUGUCCUCCCUGGAAAUUACUGGCAGUGGUGAGUGGUGCUACUGACCUGCCAGGGAAAAAAACCACUAGCACCACUAAAUAAAAAAGUAAGAGCUCAAG